CCAAACUUUAAUCGGAAAUUCAAACAAAUUCAGUUCGUCAACGUUACUGGUCACAUUUGAAUGUUUGAGAAUUCUUUCCCCACAUCCAACUGCGGUAAAACAAAUUUCUAUUUGUUUUUUUUUCCAUUCUUAAAACGAUAUUGCAGUGAACAGAUUGCGUUGUUAAAAUACGCAAUCGAAAACGGUAAACAUGACUGAAUUGAAAUAAACGAUAAGAUGUAUACUUUGCUCCACGGAUUUUAUAAGUAUUUAACGCAGAAAGAUGAAUUCUGUGUUCUCAUACUGGGCCUGGACAAUGCUGGCAAAACGACGUAUUUGGAAUGUUCUAAGACAAAGUUCAAGAAGAACUACAAGGGUAUCAUGCCAGGUAAGAUCACAACCACUGUCGGAUUGAAUAUUGGCAAUAUUGACAUAAACAGGGUGAGCUUAAACUUUUGGGAUUUAGGUGGUCAGACUGAACUGCAAUCGCUUUGGGAUAAGUACUAUGCUGAAUGUCAUGCCAUUAUAUAUAUUGUAGACUCAUCUGAUCGAGAGCGUAUGGAUGAAUCAAGGAAAACUUUUGAAAAAAUGAUUUUCAAUGAGAACCUAGCUGGUAUACCGCUUUUAAUAUUGGCAAACAAACAGGACAUUCCAGAUUGUAUGGGUGUUAGAGAAGUAAAACCUAUAUUCAAUCAAAAUGCUCAUUUGAUUGGAAGAAGAGAUUUUAUGGUUAUGCCUAUAUCGGCAUUGACUGGUGAUGGUAUUGCUGAAGGAAUGCAAUGGUUAGUGGAAUCGAUUCAUAGAAAUAUUGAAAUGCGCCCACCAAAGAAUGCUGAAGAUUAUUGAUAUUCAAAUGGGAAACAAUUCGGCACGGGAGUUGAAGCUCGGGAACCAAUUCGGUACCAGCCAGGAUUAAAUAUUUUUAAAUUAAAUGAAAGUCGUGAAGCCCCUAAAAUGGCGAAGCUCUGCCCUUUCUGUCUUGCCCUUCCGCCGGCUAUGCCUUACUGGUAAGAAUGUGCAGUUCCACCGAUUACUUAAUGAACAAAAUCAUUAGGCCUUGUAUGCUGCUUGCCAGUUUGGGUCGUAUUACAUUUAAUUACCUAUUGUUAUAGAUCAAAUAUAUUUAAUAUAUUAU